UGGAGCUGCACAUGCGGCUGCUCCCUGUUCUGUCCCGCCCAGCCACCGUCGCUCAGGAACGGGUCCCUGCAGCCCCCAGCCGAUGGCAGGACAGUAGUCGCCUGUCAGGGGUCGUGAAGGACUGAGGCAGAGGCAGAGGCUCCCGGGCCUCAGAUAGUGGUUGUCUCUGGAGGCCAUGGGCUACCCAGAGGUAGAGCGCAGGGAACCCCUGCCUGCGGCAGCGCCAAGGGAGCGGGGCAGCCAGGGCUGCGGCUGUCGCGGGGCCCCUGCUCGGGCGGGCGAAGGGAACAGCUGCCGGCUCUUCCUGGGUUUCUUUGGCCUCUCGCUGGCCCUCCACCUGCUGACGCUGUGCUGCUACCUAGAGUUGCGGUCCGAAUUGCGGCGGGAACGGGGAACCGAGUCCCGCCUCGGUGGCCCGGGUGCUCCUGGCACCUCUGGCACCCUAAGCAGCCCUGGGAGCCUCGACCCGGUGGGUCCCAUCACCCGCCACCUGGGGCAGCCGUCCUUUCAACAGCAGCCUUUGGAACCGGGAGAAGAUCCACUCCCCCCUGACUCCCAGGACCGGCACCAGAUGGCCCUCCUGAAUUUCUUCUUUCCUGAUGAAAAGGCAUAUUCUGAAGAGGAAAGUAGGCGUGUUCGCCGCAAUAAGAGAAGCAAAAGUGGUGAAGGAGCAGAUGGUCCUGUUAAAAACAAGAAAAAGGGAAAGAAGGCAGGGCCACCUGGGCCCAACGGCCCCCCAGGACCUCCAGGACCUCCGGGACCCCAGGGACCUCCAGGGAUUCCAGGAAUUCCUGGGAUUCCAGGAACAACUGUUAUGGGACCACCUGGCCCACCUGGCCCUCCUGGUCCUCAAGGACCCCCUGGCCUCCAAGGACCUUCUGGUGCUGCUGAUAAAACUGGAACUCGGGAAAAUCAGCCAGCUGUGGUGCAUCUGCAGGGCCAAGGGUCAGCAAUUCAAGUCAAAAAUGAUCUUUCAGGUGGAGUGCUCAAUGACUGGUCUCGCAUCACUAUGAACCCUAAGGUGUUUAAACUACAUCCCCGCAGCGGGGAGCUGGAGGUACUGGUGGACGGCACCUACUUCAUCUAUAGUCAGACCUUGCUCCCCUCCACUUUUGUCCUUCUCCUGUCCUGGGCCCAUUCCCCACAGGUCUGCCAGUGGCCAUUCAUUUCCAUCCCUCAUUGCGUGCCUCCAUCGGGGCUCUCCUCAGAGCUACAAGUACAUAGGCCUUGAGGUCAGGGUUACCAGGAGGUCUACUACAUCAACUUCACUGACUUUGCCAGCUACGAGGUGGUGGUGGAUGAGAAGCCCUUCCUGCAGUGCACCCGCAGCAUUGAGACAGGGAAGACCAACUACAACACUUGCUAUACUGCAGGCGUGUGCCUCCUCAAGGCCAGGCAGAAAAUCGCCGUGAAGAUGGUGCACGCUGACAUCUCUAUCAAUAUGAGCAAGCACACCACCUUCUUCGGGGCCAUCAGGCUGGGCGAAGCCCCUGCAUCCUAGAUUCUCCCAUUCCAUCCUGGCCCAUGCCCCUGCCCCAGGUUUGGGAGCCAGGACUCCCAGAACCUCUAAGUGCUGCUGUGUGUGGAAUGAGGUAUACUGGCGUUGCAGCCACAAAGAGAAAUGCCCCAUGCUAUUUAUUCCCCAGUGACUCCAGGAUGACAAGGCCUAUGUGACUUCCCAGAAAGACCUUGAGUUGCCAGGACAGUUGACGGAGCCCCAGGGUUGUCAAGAAGCAGAACCUUCUUAGGCUCCCUGCUGACUGGCUUAUGGUGACUCCUCAACCCUUAGGUCCCUCAUCAGAUGUAUCAUUUGUUGCACUAAAAUGAGGAUCCAAGACAGUAGGCCACAAAAAGAAAAGGUGCACUCCAGAUUCUAGGGGUGAUGGGGGGCUUCUUCUCUCCUGGCUGGGGGUGCCAUUAGGUUGCAACUUAAGGAGAGGGUCAGGUCAGAAGAAGGCAAGUCCUUGUGGCAAAGACCUGGGCAAUAACCUACCAAGUCAAUAUCCUUGACAGAAGAGGCAUUCUUGCUGCAUUGCACUAUAACCUACUAGAGGCUCAAAGAAAACUUCCCACUCAGGCUGAGAGGUAUACUGUGGCAGCUUGCUGGACUCCAGAGCUGGGAACUUUGCUUUGGCUUGGAAUCAUGCAGGAAUGACCACAUGCAUGCCUAUGUAAGAAGCUAUAUUUGGGGUCAUGCAUGUCUCAUUGUGUUUACAGCUAUGUUCCACUCUCAGAAAACUACCUGGAGUCUUCCCACCUGUCACCACCCACCCCAGUCUGACUAGAAAUUCUAUCUUCUUUCUCCUCGGUGCCUACCUCUGCUUUAGACAGGUGCUUCACAGUGUACUCUUUAAAUUACUUGGGCACAAAGAAUUUUCCAUUUAUUAGGCAUACAAUUCUUCUAAUUCUAAUCAAACUGUGUCUGGGAACAGAUGGUUAAACUGGAUAACCUCCAAAAGCCCCUUAGAGUUUGAAGAUCGGUGGCACUCAGCAGUUACCUGCCACAGUAAAUUUUGGAAUUCCCAAACCCUACACUCCCUUGGGCAUCAGCACAGUAUAGCUUUUCUACCUUUCCCAGGGAGGGGGAGAAAGUGGGGAUAGAACAGGAAAUGUUGUCCACUUUUGUUGAGACCCAAGCUCUUAUCUGAAAGAGCAGCAGGCCAUGGCCCACUAGCCCAGUCUUUCUGCGGUGCUUUCCUAGAGCAUCUGUCUGCUAUUGAGCAGGGCUCUCACACCUACUUCAGAUCCAAAGGCACCUCCACCAGUUUUCCUGCAUUGUCUUAUGCUAGGUUCAUGAGACUUCUUUCCAAUUGCCUAGCUUCAGGGUACCAGGCACAGCCUAAAGCUGGAAGGAUCAACCUGGUCCAGCCGGUUCCUCUUGCUCCUGAAAUGUAUUUCUUUUUGAGGAGAUGGGAAAUGCAUCCCUGAAAUGCAUCAAGAAUAUCAGGUACUGAGUUCUCAGCUGUACCUCCAUUUCCCAGUAGCCACAUUGCUUGGUCCUUCACGGGUCAGGACAAGAGGUGGUAGGCCAGGACUCUUUUAUACAGUGCUAAUGACAGCCUUACAACCAGAAAUGAGGUCGAUUUUAGACAUGCAUCUGCCCUUGGAGGCCUUGAACAAUCAGCAGUGGUAGCAAGAACUAACAGACCCUCUCCUUAGUGUUUGAAGGUUGCUUCCUCUUAAUUUCCUUUGAAGAAGACGGGGCAGAGAAUUAUCACAGUUACCAUUGUAUAGGUACGGCUGGGAGAGAAAGCACUUUCAUUAAGAACUCACCCAUAAGUCACAGACCUUAGCUUUUAGUGAGGUCUGACUCCCGAGCUAGUGUCUUACCACACACUUACCACACACUGUGUGGAAUUUGGGUUCCGAAAGAAAAAUUAAAAGUGAUCACAUGGAACUGAUAUCAUGGCAGAGUCCUAGGGAGAAACCUAGCAAUGCUAUGGUACUGCCUAGUCUCUUGGCUGCCACAGGCUCUGUGGAAGAAGUCUUGGAUGUUUUCUAAUCCUGAGUUGAGCUCUGGGACCCACAGAACUUGGAGCCUUCAUGACCUUUCACCCAUCUGAUAAAAGCAGCAACCAUCACACAACGAGCUGCUAUGUGGGGCAAGGUCUUCUGUCUUCCAUUCCUGACCCUAGCUACUAGUUCUGGGAGCCAGUCUGCUUCCUGGGGUUAGGUGUGACUCCUCCUCUCCUCCUGCCAUAUUACAAAGGCCUUAAUGUUGCCAGAACAUCUUCCUCUGUUGAUGUUGAGAGGUUGCCCUCCCGAGAAUGGAGGGAAAACCUAAGAGCACCAUUCCAAAGCCACAUGGCUAUGGAGAAAUAGAGGAAGUUUCCUAACUGUGCCCCUGCAGGACAUGCCAACCCCAUCAUAUGCUCUGUGCUUGGAGAUCAUAGGGGAAGUGGGCUUCUCACUACCCUGUCUUCAUCCUGAAUCCUCACAAGGAGCCCCAGAUGCAGAAGGCUGGGGGAGGAAAUAAGAAAGAAUGGGGGGCCUGCUGUGCUGUACUCAUUGGCAAAGUAAUGAAGCAUUUACUGAUAGGAAAAUAGGGAUAUAGAUUUACAGUUUGGAAUUGUCAUGAUGUGAAGUUAUCCCAAGGUUAGCAUAGAGAAUGGGAUGGGGACAUGUUUGUGUAAGCAGAUGACAUGUUAGAAGAAAAAUUGCACCGCAGGAGCCUCUACCAGCUGCUUGAGCUUCAAAAGCCAAGCUGGCACAAAAUUGUACCUGCUAGAUGUUAUGUGGCUACUGGUUCCCUGGAAGAUGUAUCAUUUUGCCUUAGUUGCCCCUGGACCCAUCCUGAGCCUAAUCUCUGCAGCUUAGUAAGAAAAGGCUAAGGACCCUAGAGAUGAGGGCUUUGGUCCUCAUGUGAGUGAUUGCAUUUUAUGCGUCUUCUAGUGGAUGCAAACAGAUGUAGAGAAAUCUUUGACCUAGAAAGGCUUUUAGAGGGAAUGCAGCCCAACCUACAUCCCAUCCUGUUACUCAUAUGCAAUUGAUGUCCAGACAGGGAAACUGGCCCACCUAGGACAGUGUGCAGGCAGGCCCCCACCUCCAGACUCAGCAGGAGAAGGAGGCAAAGCAACCUGUCCCAUGGGGCCUCCUCUUUCAUACACCCACAGAAUCAAAGCUAGAAGUGUUUAUCUCCCUUCAGGAGCCUGGUGAGGCAGGGAGUGGGUCUACAAUCUCCAUCACAACUUGCCUCCCCACACAUAGUCCCCCAAGAUAUUUGUGCACCUCCUGCCUCUGGGCUGGAAGCUUUAGGCUGGCUCUGAGCCAGACAGAUUUUAGGCUUCUCUUGUGUUGCCUGAGGUCCCACCCUUGCCUGGGCUUUCCCUGGGCCAUGCCUACUACAGAACCUGAUUUGUUUUCUUAAUUCAUUUCAGGGCUCUCUCCAGGAGAGCGUGAGGUGUGUCAUUUCUUUCUUCAAAAAGCUUCCAGCUGAUGAGGAUAAGGGGAGAAUGGCCUGGAGCAGGCCCAAUGCUGCUUUGGGGAAUCAGCAUCCUGUGUGAGAUACUGUGUAUAGAAACUAUAUAUAUAAUGUAUAUAAACAGGGAUGUAAGUUUGUGUAAAUUAAUGGUUUAUUCUUUGCAAAUAAAGUGCUCCCCUCACCA